AUAAUACAUAAUAAUACACGAUGCCUUGCUCAGUCUCUAAUUUUGAAUCGGGUUCGAAUCGUUAUCGUUCCAAGGUGCGCAUUGGAAAUUGGUUUGAGGACCACUGUCUGGAGGAGGAUAAAAUGAGCAGUUUCAGGAAGAUGCGCGAUCGCGGCGAACUUUUGGUGGAGAAGGCACGAACCCUCUUUGAUAAUUUCCAGAAGGAGGUUCAGCUGGCAGCACCUAAGCAUGAUAUUAUGAUCGGGGCUGUGAUUCAACUGAUGCCCAUCUAUAUGAACAUACUGGAUAUGGAUACAUCCGAGCUGCAUCCGGCGUUAUCGGUGGUCAUCAAUGAGCACGCAAUUCGCUCUAGUCAGACAAUAAACGAGGAUUGCGAACUAACUGUGGCUCCCUCCGAUCAUCCCUGCGUACGCAACUCCUUUCGCAUUGUGAGCGGCGAUGAGCAGGAUCGCACCGGGGAAAGACUGAAGUAUGGUCAACGUUUCCGUUUAGAGUGUGUCGAGUCACCCGAUGAUCCGAUUCUACUGUAUAGUGCUCCCAAGCUGAGCAACCUCUCGCAAUCCAUUACAACCUCAUUCAACUCGCAGAAAUACGGAGAAGUCAAUCUACCGCUGGGCCUUGUGCAUCGCAGCAAAAUUAUGUGUCCAGACGGGGACAUACCAAAGGCGUUUACCAACUGGUUUUGCAUGCAUGUGGAUCCCAAUAAACGCUUUGAAAGUGAGGGCGAAACCUUGCCAAGCAACUCGCCUUUAGUGAUUGUCCACGCGGCCACAAAUCGCAAUUUGGCUGCCGAGAAUGUUGUUAUUCAAACCCUUUUUGGUCCAGAGUUUUUAGUUUCCGUGCAGAAUUAUCGCAAUGUGUUCAAGCGUGAGAUCUGGAAGAAUGUCUGGAUGAUAAGCAAUGGUCAUCAUACACAUGCUGCCCAUUGAAAUACAAAAGAAAAAAAAAGAAAUUAACUGUUCUUGUUACAAAUACAUGGUCAUGGUAAUAAACAGUUUUAAUGUUGCCAAAAG